UCACCUGCCAGCUGUUUUCAGAACACACCAACGCGGAGAUGGCGUGGAUUUGUCCCGACUGCCCCAUGUUGUCGCCGUUGGAUGACCCGAUGGGCGUGAAGGCGGCGCACCAAGCGGUGCUCAAGUUCAACCGCGAGAGCAAACACCGCAAUUACUUCACCUUGAUGGAAGUUUCUCAGAUAACGGGCGGGUACAUCAUGACCAUCGGCAUGCUGACCUGGCUCAAGUUGGCCCUGGUGGAGACGGACUGUCCGAGACACGCCGAGAAUACUUUUGCGCCCUGCGCACCUCGCUGCUCUGAUCAAGCGAGUCACGUCUUUUGCCAAGCCACUUAUUACAACUGGCAAGACCAAAUUGGAGAACUUGGAUGUGAAUUUUAUCCGCCACGGAAUUCAGCGUCUCGCUCGCCGGGCAUGCCGAAACCCAAGUGCAGGCCGUUAUUCCAUGAAAGUCGGGAAGGUUUUGCUUGCAAGGCACAGCUGGGCAUCCGCCAGCCCGUCAUCCACCACAUUUGUCCCUUCCCACUGAUUGUCCAGCAGCCGCAGUGGGUGAAAGGUUGAACUUGAUGUCAUUGCGCUUGGCUCCUCAUGACCCAAUAAAAAAAAAAAAAAGCAUU